AUGAUGAAAAUCAUUUCUUUAACUAGUUUCCUUCCUUCACCUGCUCAAAACGCUUUACCACGACUUCCUAUUUUUGAAACUGUUGCCGUAUACCACAGCACCAAAGGAAAAGGAGCGAAUAAAAAGUAUUCAUUCUUUCAUAUGUAUUGUGUUGACGUGCAUUCAAAUUUACAUCAUCAAAUAAACGUAGUAUUAGUAGCAAUAAUGCGAAGAAGAGCAGCUAGUUUUGGUGAAAGCUUAAAACUUAUUACUCCGUUAAUUAUUAAUGUACCUUCAAAAGUAGAUCGCCGAAGUCCUCAAAACGUUUCUAAAGAAAAUUCAUCACCAAAAAAUUCACCAAAUCAAAAAGAAAAUGGAUUAGACAAAUCACCAUCAAAUAAGAGUCACGGGUGUACCUUUUCAUCUGAUUCCGUUCAAAUCAGUGAAACCCUUAUAGAAAGCAAUAUUAGACAAGAUGAUCAUAAUUUUAAUACACUACAAAAGAUCUUAAAAUCUCGUCGUCGAACAUUUGAAUUUCAAUCAUUAUUUUCCAAAAACGACAAGAAACGUAACCAGAAAGAUCGUCAUAAAAAGCAACAACAGCUGAAAGGAAACGGUGAUAACAACAAAGGGAAGCAUCCAAAUGGGAACGAAAGCGAAAACGAAAACGGAAACAAACAAGUGAGCGACGAUCCUGCACCUAUUCCUCCACGAAUUUCAUCAUUACAGUCUUUGAAUGAUCAACAAGUUUCAUCAAUAAGCUUUCAAGCUAACUCGGCUCUAGCUGGAUAA